GUGCACGCGGAGGUAAAGUGCCUUGGCGCUGAAGUGAAAUUGAAAAUGAAGAAGAGCAGCGGGGAGGAUUGGAUGUCGUGCACGUCUGGGGCGGAGGUUCCGUGGGAGAUUCCGCCCUUCGACGCCGACAAAGUGAAGUGCCCCGAGUACGAUGAGGUGUGCACGAUAUCCGCCAUUGGCGGCAGCGUCCGCACGGGGUUUGAAUGGGACGGCAAGGACAAGGUGUGGAAGAGAAAGGCCCCUGUGGAAGAGCCAGAGCCAGCCCCAGAGUCAGCGCCGCCAGUGGCCGGCCCUGCUGAGGUUGGGCCCGCGAUCGCGCUGCCUCCCGAAGAAAACAGCGCCGGUGGUGGAGGCGGCACCGGCGGCAGCAGCGAGCCGGGCAGCGGUGUGCCGUCGACGGGGCAGGGGCUCCCCGCAGCGGACCCGGAGGGCGCGCAGGAGCCUGUGCCCGGGGAGGGCGGGGUUGCGGCGCCGGAGGCAGGGGACAUCGAGGGCAGGCCUCCCGAGAGCAGCCACGGCGGCAGCGGCGGUGUGAGUCCUCCGGCGGGGACACUGCCAGCAGGCGGGGACGCAGCUGACAAGGCCGGUGACGGUGCUGCCACCCUCGCAGGGCCCAACGGCACUGGCGCGGCAGGCAAGAACGACGCCACGCCUCCGGCCCACGGCGAUGGCACUGUGGCUGCUGCCGGCCUCUCUCUGCUUUUGCUUCUUGCCGCCGCCGCAGCAGCAGCAGCGCUUUGUUGA